UUAAUAUCUCACAUGUUAAGGUCAUUUUCCAACCUUUUCACGAUUUUGGCAAAUAAAUACACGUAAUUACUUGAAAAUGCCUGCCACUUAGUUUUGGGCUUUGACAGGUCAGUUGACAAAAACAAAGAGUUGGCUUUGAACACACCUUCUCUGCAAGACUUUAGGGGAGAAAACGAUGGCUUCAGAUCCCAAAAUUCACAAAUUCGAUGAGGUUGCAAAGCACAAUAAAACUAAGGAUUGUUGGCUCAUUAUCUCUGGCAAGGUGUAUGAUGUCACCCCCUUCAUGGAUGACCAUCCUGGAGGAGAUGAAGUUCUGCUGUCAUCAACUGGGAAAGAUGCAACAAAUGAUUUUGAAGAUGUGGGUCACAGUGAUUCUGCUAGAGAAAUGAUGGCAAAAUACUACAUUGGUGAAAUAGAUGCAUCAACUGUUCCAGCAAAACGUACCCACAUUCCUCCACAGCAAACUUCCUACAAUCACAAUAAUAGAUCAGAGUUUUUUAUUAAGAUCUUGCAGUUUCUCGUGCCUCUUUUGAUCUUAGGCUUAGCCUUUGCAGUUCGACACUUCACCAAGAAAGAGUAGGCUAAUUACGUCAUAUUAGUUCAACAUUUUAGGUUUCUUCUUCUUCUUCUUCCUUUUUUUUCUUUUUUUUUUCUGCAAUGUCUGUUGAAAAAUUAAGCAGCGGUUCAAACUUGGUCCCCUGGAGGCCUGUCUGUGACUGUAUUUGGAACAUCUGUUUCAUUGAUAAUAGGACAAUAUUUGCUUUUUCUGGGUGAUAUGCAAGGUUUAUUUUCUUUU